AACCAGAACCAGGAGCAGCCGACGGGUGCACUGCUGGCGGAGCCGCGUCGCAUGUAUCCAUUGUGGCUGACCCUUAACCUUGACUGCAGUGCCCGUGGUGAGGAGGACUCGAACCGCAGGUCCAUAUCCCAUAUCGUGGGUCCUUCCCAGUGGGAUUCAGGCUGCGGACCAGAACGUAGUCGCCAGGAGAAAAGUUAUGGAUUGGUUUCUCAGAGGGCGACAAGAUGGAGUUUAUCACCUGCUGAGAAUACUUGGCGACAAAGAGAACAAAAGUUUUACAUACUCCUGUUGAGCUCCUGUUGGCAGAGUCUUUAA